AUGAAAAGCACCACUAGAUCUCUUGAAACUGCAAACGAAAUAGAUUCAUUGAGUGAUUAUGAUGGUGGUAGUCACGCUUCAACUUCAAAAGUUGUGAAUCCGUUUAAAGUUCCAGAAUCAACGGAUUAUUUUCGAAUUAAAGAUGAAGUAAAAGAAGAAAGAGAACUUCAACGUGCUAGAAUUGCAAUGACACCAUUAUCAAGAAGAGGCUUAGAAUCAAAAAGAGCCCUUUUGAGGCGUCAAUGCCAACCAAAGCCUUCUAAUCCUGAUGCAGAAGAAAAAGCUUUAGCCAAAAUCAUUCUUAGUCCACAGAUGGGUAAAACAAAAGAAGGUUUGCGCGAUUUUAUUGCACAAAAAAGAGAAAUAUUUUUAGCUCAAUUAGCAAUUGAUACAAAAAGAGAAGAGCUCCAAAGAUUAGAACGCUUAGAAAUAGAAGAGAAAAAGCAAUUAAAAGAAAAAGAGGCUGAAAUCAAUUUAUUCCGAACACAAUUUAACAACUUUCUUGAAAAUGAUGGAAAGCAAACAAUGGCGGCAAGACAGGAAGCUGAGAAUAAAGCUAAAGAACGAAUCGAGCUAACUCUCCUAAAACAAUAUCUGCACAAAUUUCUGCUUUACGUAAUGAUAUUGCUCACCAAGAUGAAAGACUACAAGAAUGCCAACAAUACAAACAAUUUUUGA